AUGGAACAACUAGAACAGAAUCAAGCCGCCCUUCGCGAAGAAGUAACUCAGUUGAAAGGUACUGUAGAUGAGAUUAAGGGAGGAAUGGCUCAGAUGUUGAGUUUCAUGAAGGACAUCAGGGAUGAACAGGAAAUGGCUAGGGAAGGUCGGAAUCAGUAUGAAGAAAUACCGAAUGAUGACAACCCGCUGUUAGGAUUUGUUCAGGGCUUCGACGCUCGUAAAUCAAAUGCUCACUCCUCUAAGAGAGUUACCAGAAUCCAUGAAGAGGGAGAAGCCAUCCCUGCUAACAAUCCACCUAAGGAUGAAGAUUACGUGGAUUUACAAUAUGGGGAAGUGGAUGAAACAAAUCAGGAACCCCAGCAUAAGCAAACUCAAUCUGAUUCUGAAGAAAGUGCUAGAAAUAGUGGACAGAUCAAAGCGUUAGAAGAAAGGUUCCAAGGUCCUCCAAGGAAAUUCGAUCCUUUGCCUACUUCCAGAAGUGAAAUACUAAAAUACUUGCUGAGCAAGUCAUUGGUAGAGCUCAGGCCUAUGCCACCUCCGCUUCCCGGAAAAGCUUCACCCAGGUUCCCCCGGACACACAUUGGAAAAGAGUUGGGCUUUCAGACACAAGUCAAUGCAAUCGAGGUCGUUACUAAGCAAGAGUUAGUUCAGCAACGGAGCUCUCCCAUAGAUGCCCUUAAGAGGUAUCUACUAGCAAGGGGGUUCAUCCUAGAACAUAACGAGGCUUUUAAAGGCACUCUGCAAAAACUUGUGGACCAAGGAGUAAUUCAGUUGAAAGAAUACCUCGAGGAGGAAUAUGUGGCCAUGAUAGAGAGGAAUGAGCCGUUAAUAAUACCUAGUUCAGGGGCAAGGAAGACAUUAAUCAUCCCAUGCGCCAAAUCACCAUUGCUGAUACCCACACAAGUACACGCUAGGAUCAUCCCAGUCAGAGAUCCAUAUUCGGUGGACAAAAUGAAAGCGGUCCCUUGGGAAUAUAAUGCUAGCGCUAAUACGGACGUGACAAACAUCAUUGGGCCUGGGGGCAUGACUCGUAGUGGUCGCAUAUUCAAUACUGCGAAACCAAAUGAGAACUUAGCACAAGCAAGUAAUCAAGCUACUAUGGUCCCGUCCGAAGAAGGCACAUCCAAGGACAAAGAGACUGCUAACAAAAAUGCUGAAGAGUUUUUAGCACUAAUCAAGAAAAGUGAUUAUAGAGUGGUGGACCAGUUGCACCAAACUCCGUCCAAAAUAUCACUCCUCUCGUUGUUAGUACAUUCAGAAAAACAUCGAGACGCCUUGAUGAAAAUCUUGAACGCCACCCACGUAACUAAAGACAUCACUGUAAAUCAAUUUGAUGGAAUGGUGGCUAAUCUUACCGCUGGGGCAUGUUUAAGCUUCAAUGAUCAUGAGCUACCCCCACAAGGGAAAGAACAUAACAAAGCCUUGCACAUCUCCAUCCAAUGUGGGAAAGCUCAUCUAUCCAAAGUUCUGAUUGACACAGGGUCGUCAUUAAACGUGAUGCCAAAAGCCACUCUCGACAAGAUAGCCUUGGAGGGUCUGUUAGUUAGACCAAGUCGUCUGGUAGUCAAGGCCUUCGAUGGAUCACAAAGUCCGAUUGCUUCGUGUGGGUCUGUUGAAGGGCUGCGCGAUUGGGACGCGUCUGAGAGUUUUGCAGUGGUGAUGCCGUGA